UUCAUUUGCUCUGCCAUGGCGGGCUCUAAUCCAAACCACCCAUCCCAAUUCUACUACACCCCAACAUCUAAACCCAAUAAUCCCACAAACCCAAACUUUUCUUCAUUAAAAAGAACCAAACUUUCUUACUUGGCCCUCGUCGUUAUCCUCUGCUGCCUCUCGUAUCUUAUUGGUUCUUGGAAUAGCGGCGGCGGCGACGUUACAGCCGCUUCUUCCACGUCCGCCGUCAUCGCCACCGCCACCGCCACCACCACCGCCGCCGUCCCAUGCAUAUUUCAGAAAAACGCCAGCACCCUUUUCACCACAGCCGAAUCCCGGCCGUUGGACUUCGCCACCCACCACGGCUCCGACGUAGACGGCGGCGUGGGCUCGCCGGACGAUGCCGUGAAAGUGUACCCGCCCUGCGACGUCAAGUACAGCGAGUACACCCCCUGCGAGGAUCCGAAACGGUCGUUGAAGUUCAGCCGGGACCGUUUGAUUUACCGGGAGAGGCAUUGCCCGGAGAAAACCGAGGUGCUGAAGUGCCGGAUACCGGCUCCGUUCGGGUACAAGAAUCCGUUCAAGUGGCCGGCGAGCCGGGAUCUGGCGUGGUACGCCAACGUGCCGCACAAGGAGUUGACGGUCGAGAAGGCGGUCCAGAAUUGGAUCCGGUUCGAGGGCAACCGGUUCAAGUUCCCCGGCGGCGGAACCAUGUUCCCCAACGGCGCCGAUGCCUACAUUGAUGAUAUCGGAAAACUCAUUAACCUGAAAGACGGAUCCAUUAGGACCGCCAUUGAUACUGGCUGCGGGGUUGCUAGCUGGGGAGCAUAUCUAAUGUCAAGAAAUAUCGUUGCGAUGUCUUUUGCGCCAAGGGAUACCCAUGAAGCACAAGUCCAGUUUGCUCUUGAGAGGGGAGUCCCCGCAUUAAUCGGAGUAAUUGCCUCUAAAAGACUUCCAUACCCUUCAAGAGCCUUUGACAUGGCUCACUGCUCAAGGUGCCUCAUUCCUUGGGGCCAAUACGAUGGAUCGUAUUUGAUUGAAGUUGAUAGAGUGCUACGGCCAGGCGGGUUUUGGAUCCUGUCAGGGCCGCCGAUCCGGUGGCGGAAAUACUGGAAAGGGUGGGACAGAACCAGAGAAGAUCUGAACGCCGAGCAAACUCAGAUUGAGAAAGUUGCCAAGAGACUUUGCUGGAAAAAAUUCGUUGAAAAGGACGAUAUUGCUAUUUGGCAAAAGCCCUUCAACCACCUUGAGUGCAAGCAGCACCGGAAAACAUGGAAGAAUCCACCCAUGUGCCCCGCCGGUGAUCCCGACAAAGCCUGGUACACGGAUUUGCAAACAUGUUUAACUCCGUUGCCGGAAGUUUCCGGCGGCGAGGAGGUUGCCGGAGGGAAGCUAAAGAAGUGGCCGGAGAGGCUACACGCAACCCCGCCUAGGAUUGCUACCGGAACAAUUGAGGGAGUUAAUUCAGAGAUUUUUAAGAAGGAUUCAGAGCUAUGGAAAAGAAGAGUUUCAUAUUACAAGAGUGUGAAUGAGCAACUGGGGAAGGCUGCAGGGAGGUAUAGAAAUGUGUUGGACAUGAAUGGUUUCUUGGGAGGAUUUGCAGCCAGCUUGAUUGAUCAACCACUUUGGGUGAUGAACGUUGUCCCUGUUGAGGCUAAGGUUAAUACACUUGGUGUUAUUUAUGAACGUGGCUUGAUUGGAACGUACCAAAGCUGGUGUGAAGCAAUGUCAACUUACCCUAGAACAUAUGAUCUCAUUCAUGCUGACUCAAUAUUCACUCUCUACAAGGAUAGGUGUGAAAUGGAGGAUAUAAUGCUAGAAAUGGAUAGGAUAUUAAGGCCAGAGGGUAGUGUGAUAAUUAGAGAAGAUGUGGACUUAUUAAACAAAGUGAAGAGGAUUGCUGAUGGGUUGAAGUGGGAGAGUCAAAUAGUUGACCAUGAAGAUGGCCCACUUGUGAGGGAGAAGCUUCUUUUUGCUGUGAAAUCCUACUGGACAGCCCCAGCUGCCACUAAUCAAUGAGGAUUUAAUUAUAUAAUUGUUUUUUAGUCUUCACAUUUGUAAUCUCAAUUUUCUUAGUUUCAUUCUUUACAAGUUGUCUGAAAUAUAAUUAACGCCCUUCAAGUAUUCAAGUAGAUAAUAUAGCUACAUUAAUUUUUGUAUU